CUAUGUAUUUUGCACAUGACCACAAUCUCCUGCUACAGCCAUCUACGACCUCCUAUCUAUUGUGUUGUUGCAGGCUUGUGGCUAGUGUGUGUAUUUGAAAUCAUGGCGGAUGAGCAAGAGAUUAUGUGCAAAUUAGAAAACAUAAAGGAAAUCAGAAACAAGACCAUUCAAAUGGAAAAAAUUAAAUCCAGGCUGAAGACUGAGUUUGAGGCACUGGAGUCAGAGGAGAAGCACCUGAAGGAGUAUAAGCAGGAGAUGGACCUGCUGCUGCAGGAGAAGAUGGCCCAUGUGGAGGAAUUGCGUCUCAUCCAUGCUGACAUCAAUGUGAUGGAGAACACAAUUAAGCAGUCGGAGAAUGACCUCAACAAGCUGCUGGAGUCUACGAGACGUCUUCACGAGGAGUAUAAGCCCCUGAAGGAGCAUGUGGAUGCUCUGAGGAUGACCCUAGGCCUACAGAGACUGCCAGACCUGUGUGAAGAAGAGGAGAAGCUUACACUGGACUACUUUGAGAAGCAGAAGGCAGAGUGGCAGACAGAGCCCCCAGAGCCCCCUAUUCCAGAGUCUCUAGCUGCGGCAGCAGCAGCUGCUCAACAGCUCCAGGUUGCCCGGAAACAAGAUGCCCGACAGACUGCCACUUUCCGACAGCAACCUCCACCAAUGAAGGCAUGUCUGUCUUGUCACCAACAAAUCCACCGGAAUGCCCCCAUAUGUCCGCUCUGCAAGGCCAAAAGUCGCUCCAGAAAUCCGAAGAAACCUAAGAGAAAGCCAGAUGAAUAAAUGGGUACUGAACCAAACCUCUGUUUGGUGAAAUUGGUUUGCUGUGUUACGUUAUACACAUACCCUUUUCUUUGUGUAGUUACAUAAGCACAAACGAGAAGCUUAGGUUUGAGAAAGGGAAGUGGCUUUUUUAGUGUUUUCUUUUCAGAAACACAUGUAACUUCCGUACUUUUUAAAGGACACUCAGGGUGGUUCUGUAAAAAAGAACAACCAAGAAUAAGUUUCAGCUGCAAUGUACCAAGUGUUUCAGUGAACCUUGUAAGGCCUUUUGGACAUUUGCAUGUGCUUUAAAUUGCGAAUCACAGUUUUGUUUUGAAACUUUUAAAAUUUGUUUUUAAUUUUCCAAUUGCUAGUGCAUGUAAAGAUGCUAUUUCUAUUUUGUCAUAGAAUACAAAAUAGUUUCCAUUUCUGCUCAAAGUUUCAAGACUGUUCAGUACUAAUAUUUAUUUUGCCAGUGUUCUGUGUGUGUGUGUGUAUAUAUAUAUAUAUAUAUAUAUAUAUAUAUAUAUAUAUAUAUAUAUAUAUAUAGCUCCAUAAUGUUUGGGACAAAGGCAUAUUUUGGCUUUGUAAUCCACAAAUUAUUUGCAAUCAAAUAAUUGACAAGUGGUUAAAAAUUCUCUGCUUUUAUUAAAGGAUAUUUUUUAAAUACAUUUUGGUUUCACCAUGUAGAAAUGUCAGCUUUUUUAAACAUAGUCCCCCCCAUCAUUUCAGGGCACCAUAAUGUUUGGGACAAAUGGCUUCACAGGUGUUUCUGAUUAGUCAAGUGUGUUAAUUUGCUUCCUUAGUGCAGGAAUAAGCUUUCAGUAUCUAGUCUUGAUUUCUAUGAUUUCUAUUCAUAAUGCCUUUGGAAUCUGUUGUUUGUGUUUGUCAACACGAAGACCAGAGUUGUACCAGUGAAAGUCAAGGAAGCCAUUAUGAGGCUAAGAAGUAAGAAAAAACCGUCAAACAGAGGCCAAAUCUAAGGCUUACCAAAAUAAACAGUUUAGAACAUCCUUUUGAAGAAAGAGAGCAUUGGUGAGCUUAGUAACCACAAAGAGCCUGGUAGACCAAGAUAGACCUCUACUGUUGAUGACUGAAGAGUUCUCACCAUAAUGAAGAAAGAACCCAAUCACCUGUCCAAUAGAUCAGAAACUUCUUCAGGUGGCAGGAGUGGAUGUGUCAGUGAUUAUUGUCCACUGAAGACUUCACAAACAUAGCUAUAGAGGCUACGCUAUAAGAUGCAAACCAAAGCUGCAAAAACCAAGAUGGCCGGGUUAAAUUUUAAGAAGGAGUACCUAAAUGAGCCUGCAGAAUUGUAGAAAAAGGUCUUGUGGGGGGAUGAGACAAAGAUUCACUUGUAUCAGAGUGAUGAUAAGAGCAAAGUAUGGAGGCCAACAGGAACUGCCCAAGAUCCAAAGCACCCCCCACCUCAUUUGUGAAACAUGGUGUUGGAUGUGUUACGGUUUGGAAGUGUAUGGCUGCCACAGGUAUUGGCUCACUUGUCUUCAUUGAUGAUGUUACUGCUGAUAGCCAAUGAAAGUGAUCCCAAACAUACUGCUAAAGCAACAAAGGUGUCAUUCAAAGGCAAAAACUAGAAAAGCAUUGCCAGAGAAUGUACUCAGCAAAGACUUCAAGUUGCCAUUGCAUGCAAAGGAUAUGCAACAAAAUACUAAACAUAACUACUGUAUAAUAUUAAUAUGUCCCAAACAUUAUGGUGCUCUGAAAUAGUGGGGACUAUGUUUAAAAAGAGCUGUAAUUUCUAAAAAAUACAUGAUGCAUUCAAAGUGUAUAAAAUAUUCUUAAAAGCUGAGAAUGUUCUCUUUAACCAUGUGAAUUGGUUGAUUACAAAUCAUAUACACACACACAUCAUCAACACAAUCUCUGUAAUCAGUACAGGGACAAAACAGCAAAAAUUGUGUCACUGUCCAAAUACUUACGGACUGCACUAUGAAAACUGGGCUAAAGCAUAACUUUGCCGGCUAAUUAGCUGGUGCAAGCUCCAGCCUACGUCUUGCCUCAAUAUGUAGGUCGCUAGCUCACUAGUGAGGCUGUGUGUGCAUGAUGUUGUUCAUAUACCCAUGAGAAGUUGAGAAAUCAGUGAUGCUGAUGCUCCAAAACCUGUUUUGCUUUUAAUAGCAUUGAUAUAAUUUAUAAUGUUCAUACAGUAAAUUUAUGACUAAACCAUUUUUUCCAGUGUUGAUUUUCUAGGUUCAUUACAAGUAAGCUAACAAUACACAGAAGCCUAUCUGUGAAGGCCACAUCCCCAGCUGGCCAUUUGAAAAUGUCCUCCUAGUUUCACUCCAAACAUAUCACUAAAGCAAUAUGUGGUUGCCAUGCAAGGGUCGAUAAAAUGCUCAAUCAAAAAGACACUUUAUCAUUCAUUGUGGUAGGAAAAGAUGAUGAAAACAAAUUUGUUUUGCUGGCACCUCUCAACUCUGGAAGGCUACCUGUGUUGUGGUGUAUAGGCAAAACCCACCCAGAUUGCCUGUUACUGUUCAAGCGAAAUAUGCAUUUUCUGAAAUGCCAAAUAUAUUUACAUUACAUUUUAGGCAUUUAGCAAAUACUCCUGUCCAGAGCAAUGCAGCUUAUAUUUUAUAUACAAUCCAUCCUGUUAUUUUCUGAUCCCGGUGGUAUCCUUAUUUAAUGUAUGCAUAAUGUCUUCAUGUAAUUGUGCUCUUUGUGCUUUUUUUAAUAAAAUAAAUGCAGUUUCUGUCAAUUAGACUUCUAAAAGACAUUAUUCUAACAACUAAUUCAGUACAAACUGAAUCUUCCAGGUUUACAGUAUUUCAGUUAUCUGUGCUUUGUUUAUAUCUGUGCUGUGCUCCACUCACCAGGAUAUGUUGUAAUUGUUUCUGAACCUAAUAAAAUGAAUUUGUUUUCAUUUUGAAACAGA